CGCCAACAACCAACUUGAAUCUUACCGCAGUCUGAGCUAAAUCAACGCUGUGUAAGCAGUUAUAUAGAGCGCUGGUAGGAAUGUGAGGUAAUCUUUGUGCCGCCUUUGGAAUGGAUGAUUUCUUAGUAUCCGCCGAGUAUCCCUACGAAACUACUUAAAGAGUCGUAGAAAUCCCUUUUGUUUUAUCCUUAUACACAUUGCCUCGAUUUCGUCUCUCAACUUCAGUUUACACAGACGUCAAACUCUGAAAAUGCCGUCUUACGUUGUUGUUGGUGCCUCUCGAGGCCUCGGAUACGAGUGGCUUCGAUUUCUCAGCCAGGACCCAUCCAAUGCUGUCAUUGGACUAGCACGCACUCCAGGACCUGUCGAGGCCCAACUUGCAGCCGAUAAAAUCACCAAUGUCCGCAUUUUCAAGGCUGACAUGCUCGAUCACAGAAGUCUCACAAUAGCAGCCAGCGAGGUUUCUGAAGUAACCAACAACUCACUCGAUCAUCUGAUUGUUAACGGCGCCUACCUCGGUCCUGACGCGUCUUUCAUCACCCCGACGGAAUUCGUCGGUCAAGAGGACCUCCUUCGCCGAGAGUUCAUCAAAAACUUGGAUGUGAACGUUAUCGGUGUCAUCCACUCCAUCAACGCAUUUAUUCCGCUCAUUCGCAAAGGCACCACUAAGAAGAUCACUGUCAUAUCAACAGGCCUAGCGGACUUGGAGCUAGCGCAGAAGGCAAACAUCGCGUUCUCAGUGCUAUACAGCUCGACUAAAGCGGCCACUAACAUGGUUGUUGCCAAAUAUUCUGCUGAGCUGAGAGGAGAGGGAAUCAUCCUCCUCGCAUUGAGCCCAGGGGUCGUCGACACCGCUACUGGACCUCCACCUCCAGAACACAUACCGCGAAUGCAAGAGAUGGGAGCAGAAUUUGCAAAUAUCUAUCCGCAUUUCAAGGGGCCGAUCACUCCAGCUCAGAGCGUGCCUCUCAUGAAAAAGGUUAUUGACAAUAUGACGAUUGAGGAUUCUGGAGCAUUCUUGUCCCACCUUGGCAGCAAGGAGUGGCUUUGAACGCCUUUGGUAUUGGAGUUCUGAUUAUGAUAGAGAUAAAUAGAAC